UUGCCAUGUUGGAGUACGAUAAUUCGGCGUUCUACUACUUUGGCAUCUCGCUCGGGUCGCUCUACGCGAUCCCGCUCACGUACCUGAGCCUCAAGCGCAUCAUCUACGGCGUCUUCCUCAAGGACAAGCUCCUCGACCAGCUCGACGUGCGCUGCGACAAGGAGCUGCAGAAGGUCCGGCAGCUCCAGGCCGAGAAGACGUCGAUCCGCAAGGUGUUCAACGUGGCCUUUGUCAUCAACCUCGUCGUGCUCGCGGUCAUGUGGUAUGGUCUCUACACGAUGAUCAUGCUCGUCAAGGACGACUCGGAGAUCAAGACAUUUGACCCGUUUGCGAUCCUUGGCAUUGCCAGCGGCGCGUCCGAGCAAGAGAUCAAGCGUGCGUACCGCAAGAUGAGUCUGCUCUACCACCCGGACAAGAACCCGGGCGACUCGGUCGCCGAGUCCAAGUUUGUGCUCGUCGCCAAGGCCAACCAGGCGCUCACAGAUCCGGUCGCCAAGAAGAACUUCGAGAUGUUUGGCAACCCCGAUGGUCGCCAGUCGCUCCAGCUCAGCAUUGGCCUCCCGACGUUCCUCCUCGACAAGGACAACCACAUGGCGAUUCUCACCAUCUACCUCCUCGUGCUCGUCGUCGCGAUCCCGUCCGCGGUCGCGCUCUGGUACUCGCACUCGAAGCAGUACGGCGACAGCAUGAUCAUGUACGACUCGUACGGCUUCUACAACUACGCGCUCUCGGAGCACGCCCACUUGAAGAUGAUGCCCGAGGUCCUUGCCGGGUCGGCCGAGUACCGCGAAAUCCCCGUCCGCCCGAACGACCAGGGCGAGCUUGGCGCGAUCUUCCGCGACCUCAAGAACGACCAGAGCAUGGCCAAGGCCCGCUUCAACCACCCGGGUAUCGCCAAGUCGAACCUCCUCAUGCACGCGCAUUUGCUGCGCAAGCCGCUGAGCCCGGCGCUCGAGGCGGACCUCAACACGAUGCUCAAGAAGGCCAUGCAUUUGAUCGAUGGCAUGAUGGAGAUCUGCGUCUCCAAGGGCUGGCUCCAGACGCUCAUCAACGUCAUUGAGUUUGAGCAGCACAUUACGCAGGCGCUGUGGGUCAAGGACUCUGCGCUCCUCCAGCUGCCGCACUUUACCGAAGCCGAAGUCAAGCACACGAUGACAGGCAAGAACGGCAUCCGUAGCCUCCAGCAGUUUAUCGACGCGCCCGAAGAUGCGCGCCGGGGCAUGAACAACAUGAGCGACGACGAGAAGGCUGAGGUCAACCGCGUGUGCUCGAUCCUCCCCAACAUUGACAUGGAGAUUACGUGCGAAGUCGAAGACGAAGAUCAAAUUGCCGAGGGCGACAUUAUGACGGUCACGGUCAAGCUCACGCGCAAGAACGUCGAGGAAGGCGAAACGUGCGACCUUGUGUACGCGCCCGAGUUUCCCGUGCCCAAGGCCGAGCGGUGGUUUGUCCUUGUCGGCGACUCGCGCUCGAACCACUUGCACGCGUUCUCGAAGCUCACGUCGCAGGAGCAGGUGGUCGAAGAGAAGCUCCGUCUCCAGGCGCCGCCCAAGGAAGGCCAGUAUCAACUUGAUAUUUGGCUCAAGUCGGACUCGUACUUGGGUCUCGACCAGCGCAAGGCAAUCCGGUUCCAGGUCGUCUCGGCCGACUCGCUCCCGGUGUUUGAAGCGCACCCGGAAGACAUUGAGCUCGACAAUGAGCCGACGCUCUUCCAGCAGGUCAUGCAGCUCCAGGAGGACUCGAGCGACUCGGAAGACGAAGACGACGACGAGGACAAGAAGACCAAGUAGACGUACUGCGACCAAUAUAUUUCGUAU